AAAGAGGUUCGAACAAACUUGAGCUGCUGAACUGAGCUGCGUGACGGAGGGGUCAGAGGUCAGAGGUUGAGACAACAGAGAGGCUUGUACUGGGUUGUUGCGUGCCCAACGUGGAGCUGCAGGUGUGUAUAUCAGAGAAAGCAACCCGGGCAGACAGACUGAGGUAACUGCAGCAGGCCCUGUCACUCCCUACAGGACAUACUGAGAGAGAGAGAGACGCUCUGAGGUACCGACUUYCAGGACUUCUCCUACAGGGGUCACCCACCACAACAUGCAGGGGACGAGUGAACACGAACACCAAGARAAUAACAUGGAAGCCACUGCCGUUAAAGAGACAAGCAGAGUAUCCAACCAUAGCAACCCUAGCAACCAUAGCGCGACUGCAGAGCAAGGCCGAGAUUCAGUCAACAGUAACGGCCACACCAGAGGGACGUUGUACCCCGCUGAGGUUCCGUCUCUACGGGGUCUCAGGAAGACCCAGAGCAGCACAUUGGAGGAGGAAGAGAAGGUCUGGAGGACCAAUAAGAGCACAGUGCUGUCCAGAGGAUCUAAUCUAACCCGCUCUGGGAGCGUCAAGGACCUGAUCCACAAGUUCUCAGGCUCAGAGAACGGCGAACCCUCGUCAGUCAAGGAAAACGGCUCACCAGUUCUGUCAAUGGGCGGAUCCCUGCCUGAAGACUCUAACCGGACAAUCAGGAUGUCCACAGCCAGAACUGCGGAGGUACUGGCCUAUCAGAACUCCCAGUCCAACCCAAACACAGCCACUCUCUGUAGUACCACAGUACAGACCCAGAGCCCAGUCAGGAUGUCCACAGCCAAGUCCACCUCCCAGUCCAACCCAAACAGAGCCACUCCCAGUAGUUCCACAGUACAGACCCAGAGCCCAGUCAGGAUGUCCACAGCCAAGUCCACCUCCCAGUCCAACCCAGCCAUUCACAGCAGCAGCACCGCAGACAGCCAGAACCCGAUACCUUCUAUCAAACUAACCCCUCCACCCAUGGAGUCUCAGCCCGGCCUUAAGGAGGCGAAGACAGGCUCGCCGCAGCCCAGCAGUCCUUCAGACAGUCAUUCCCAGAAGGGUCAGGGUCAGAGCCAGGGUGGCUCUGACAGAGAUUCCACGGCAGGCUCCGGAUUGGGUUCGGAAUCAGACUUUAAUCCCAACAAGAGGCCUGAAAGUCCCCCAUCUGAAGACGAGCCAUCCAAUCCCGUCAACGUCCACCAGAACCCCAAAUACCAACUGUACCUGAGUGGAGACGUGACAGGGAACGGUUCCAGGGAUACAAAUGGAACGUUUGGGGGAGAAAACGGGAACGGGAUGGAACCCAGGAACAGUUCCCGUUGGGACAGCACUAGCUCCAGAUACGGGCCAAACUAUCACGGGUCCCUGGAAUCUCUGGCCUCUCGGGACUGGGACACCAUGUCGGACAGGGUGAGGAACAGAGGUCUGGGGCCACUUGGGGCUGGUGUUUCAGCCAACCUCUUCCUGGAGAUCUACUGUCCUGUAGGUUUCAUCCAACCCUUCCUGGAGAUCUACUGUCCUCCUAUGAUCUGCGACUCCAAGAUCGUGUACGACUCCAGGAUCGUGUACGACUCCAGGAUCCUGUACGACUCCAGGAUCGUGUGCGACUCCAGGAUCGUGUACGACUCCAGGAUCGUGUACGACUCCAGGAUUGUGAGCGACUCCAGGAUCGUGUACGACUCCAGGAUCGUGUGCGACUCCAGGAUCGUGAGCGACUCCAGGAUCGUGUGCGACUCCAGGAUC